UCUGCUCUUCCUUACAAAAACGGAGCACCUCAUUCUCUCACCUCCCCCUAAACCCUCCCCUCUCUCUCUAUAUUUUCUCUCUCUAGAAGUCUAUGCUAAACGAGUGUAUAAUUUGUGGAGGAGAAUCAAAAAGCUAUCUCUGUUUUUGUGUUUCUGAAUAGAAACAAUACUGUUUCUCUCUGUAAAGCAUAGUAUAAACUUCACUGAUUUUGAUAUUUAAAAGAGUGUUUGAAAAAAAAAAAAAAAGUCUUUUCUGUAAAAUGUCUCUGAUUUUUAAAUUUUUCAUUCCUGAAGAAGCAGAGGUUGAAGAAGGAGAGUGGGAAAAAGAGAGAUAAGUAGUAGAUUUUAUAUAUUCAAAGUUGCAGAACCGAAGAGAUACAGAGAACAUACCGAAGCAUUCUGGUUUUUGGCGAUGUCUGCAACGGUUUGUAGCGAUUCAAUGGUGAUAUCUGCGACAGAAUCCCAACCUGUGGCGUCGAAGGCGGCGACGACUCAAACCGAAGUGGAGUCGGCGAGAUGCGACUGUUGCGGAUUGACGGAGGAGUGUACUCUGGCGUACAUAGACCGAGUUCGGGAGCGAUACCAUGGCAAAUGGAUCUGCGGACUGUGCUCGGAGGCGGUGAAAGACGAAAUCGUUAGAUGCGAGAGUUUGAUCAGCACCGAAGAGGCCGUAACUCAGCACAUGAACUUCUGCAAGAAGUUGGAACCGCCUUCGAAUCCGACGGUUCAUUUGAUCUCUGCCAUUAAGCAUUUGCUCAGGCGAAGUCUUGAUUCUCCGAGAUCAAUCAGGUCUUUGCCGAGCAGUCCGAUGAAUCGUCGUGCUGUUCUUUCUCGAUCGGAAAGUUGUUUUCCUACUCUGGUGAAUUCAUCCUCGCGUCAUGAGAAGAAUGAAGGUAAGGAUUGAAAAGUAGGAAAUAGAGAUAGAACAGUUUCUGUUUCUUCAAUUCAAUUGCAGGAACAAAAAAUUAGGAAUAAAAACUUUAGAUGCUUAACUUAACUUAAGUUUCUCAAGUGUACAGAACAAUUUUCCUUUAUAUUUCGGUUUUUUCCAAUAUAUAUAUAUUUUUUUUUAUGUUAA